ACCACCGCUCCCACACUGAUGAGAGACCGUACGCUUGCAAUCAGUGUGACAAGAGGUUUAAGAGCAAAAAUCCCAACAGGAACAUAUCAUCUCCCACACUGGCGUGCGCCCUUACCCUUGUUCUUACUGUGGGAAAGGAUUCACCAAACCCUACGCUUUGACCAGGCACCAUCUCAUACACACAGGGGAAAGACCAUUCCCCUGCGUCCACUGUGGGAAGACAUUUCUCACCCCUGCAGAGGUACAACUACACAUCCGCAUUCACACCGGGGAACGCCCUUACCCCUGCCCUGAUUGUCAGCUGAAGUUUAGGAGUUCGUCAGACUUGGCACGACACAAACGCUUUCAUACAGGGGUGCAGACAUUUGUCUGUAACCAGUGUAUGAAAAACUUUCCCACCUCGUCCAAACUGAAGAAACACAUGGAGAACCACUCGGGGUCAGAGGCAGUCCAGAGCUCAGACUUUGGAGAAAAUUCCAACCAAGCGUGAAGUAAGGGCAGCAGCACAAUUGGAAAAAAUGGCAGACACAAUUAAAGUAAAUUUACCUUCACAGCUAUUAUAUUCUACAAUGUCUCUGUCAAGGAAGGUCUUUCAACACCAUUAGAUCUCUAAAAUAAGUUAUCGUGUCAGUCUGGCUCAUGGCCAUUGAAAUAUAGCUGUCAAUUAUUAUUUUGUCUGAUCAAAGGGAGUUGCAACUCAAUCAUGUCCUUGACUUAUUUUAUUGUAAAACUAAAUCAGUGCUAUGAUCAUCCAAUUAGUCAAUCAGUAGCUGGUAUAUUAGAAGAGCUAGUAAAUUAAAAUGUUUGUCAAUAACUUUUGAAGAAUGUCAAAGAUUAGUAAAAUGUUCUGUUACGGUAAUGAACCAGCCUUAGGUGGAUGCCAACUUGUCUCCUUGUCUUUUACAGUUCCCAGCACAAUACAUGUGUUUUGUUCUACUUUGUAGCCCUCUGUCUCUCUGACACACAUACCAGUAAUUCAAAUGAAAUCAAUUGGGCGGGGGAACAGGUUAGGCCCAUGUAGAGAAAACAAUAGGCUUUGGGUAGCUUUGUGUAGAAGAUCUGUUGGAUACCGGUUAAAUCAUUCCUAGGUGAACUAUCCGAUGCAUUUCCGAUGACCGGUCCUUUGUGACGCGCAGUAAUUCCAGGAUCACUUCCGGAUUGCUUGUCGUUCGUGGCUACAAGCAUGUUAUUAACUGGUUUACAAUUAGUAAAACAUUCGUAGACAAAGCAAACGUAGUGUUCACAACAUUAUUUGCUACAAUCUGUAGCGUUCAGGAAGGAACCGAUGCAUUAAAUCCCGUGUCUAACGGGAUCCUCCAUCUAACGUUUGUAACAAUAGUCAGCAUUUGGCCCACGCGACAAAAUGGACUCGGAAUUUUCGGCAGCGGACAAUGCAGGUCUCCCUCUCCUCUCCCUCUGCCUCUUGGUUCCACCCAUUCAGCUUAUGUCCGCGUCCAUAUGGCAGGUGGUGCAACAGCGAGAUGCCAUGAAUUAUGCAAUGCUGGCAGAGUUUGUCUCCUGGUGACAGAGAUGGUCCCUGAGUUGCUGAUCUAUAGGCACAGGGCCCAACUUAUUUUGGGAUUGCGAGCAAGGCACAUUCUGGAGUUGUGUCGCAGUGAGCAUCCUGUAGAACCUCAGGUCAUCUUAACCCAGCUGUACAUGAUUCAACCACUUACCCACUUCAGUAAUGAUGUAAGUGACACAGAGGUGGAGUCGUCAGAGACUCAUUUUCUGGAGCUGGUCCAGACCCUGCUUAAAGACCCUGAUGAGAGAGAGCAUUUUUUCACAGAGAUAUUCCCAGUGGAGUAUGGACCACAAUAUGACAUCGAGCUGCAAACUCUACUGUGGGAGUUCCUGUCCAGAUUGGUUCAACUGCUACCGACCCCUGACCUCGCACAGACAAUGGCAUGGCUCGGUACUGCCCCCUCAGUCUUGGAUGAUUGUGCCCAUGUUAUAUCUCAUCCAGCAGAUCUGAAGAGUCUUCUCCAGCACCAUAAACGUCUUGGACAUUUGGAGCAACAUGUACCCCCCUGCGCCAUGGGCGACUGCAUCCUGUCCUCUCUCUCCAUCCCGCCACACAGUAGAACCAUGAUCAGCACUGAGCAGACCACCUGUGACAACCAGUCAGAACCCUUGGAGGAGUUUGUGGAUGACUUCGAGGUGGAAAUUGUAACUCUGACCGAUUAUGAAGAGGUUGAAUUAGGUUUGGGUCAGGAGGAGGUGGAGGAUGGGAACGAUGACGAAGCACAGACCAUGGAGGACGAAGAAGAGCCUAAAGAAAUGCCCGCUGAAGAUGUGGAGGAAGAGGAGAAAGUGAUGGAGGACCAUGAAGAGGGGGACUUGGAGAGCAACUCGCAUCUAGAAGAAGCUGAGAAUGACUCAGCAUCCGCCCAUCACCAAACAUCCUCUGGGCCCCACAUCUGCUCAGUCUGUGAGAAGAGCUUCAAGUUUACCUCUGCACUAAUAGCCCAUCAGGUCAUCCAUACAGGAGAGCGCCCGUAUGUGUGCCAUCUGUGCGGACGGUGUUUCUCCUUCAGGCAGUCUCUGGACAGGCACAAACAGACACAUAAGGAUGGGCGCGUUUCGACUGUUUAA